AUGGCAGAUUUCGGAGAGAUCCUGUGGAAUAUUGGAGAAUUUGGGUUAUUCCAACAGGUCACUCUGAUUGCGCUUUGCUUUCCAAAUUUUGUACAGUAUUUUAUCUUAGCAAGCUUUAUUUUUAUCCAGGCCGAUCCAGAGCGACACUGUAACACAGACUGGAUCCUUCAGGCUGACUCUAACCUGACCACAGAUGACCAGCUGAACCUGACUCUGCCCCGGGAGGAUGAUGGGACCUUCAGCAGGUGUCAGAUGUUUAUCCCUGUGGACUGGGACAUCGGUGCCAUCAGGGAGUACGGACUCAAUGAGACCACAGGGUGCCAGAAUGGAUGGGUGUACAACAACAACAUGUAUGAUGCCACCAUAGUCACUGAUUUUGAUCUAGUUUGUGGCAAAUCCAACUUGAUCGAAGUGAUACAAACAGUGUUUAUGGCGGGCUUCCUGGUUGGUAGCCUCAUAUUUGGACCUUUUGCUGAAUCGUUUGGUCGCAAACGAGCAACUCAAAUUCCAGUAGUUGCAAUAUUUAUAUUUUUUGUAACAACAGCCCUAAGCCCAAAUGUUUACCUUUAUUUAGUAUCCCAGUUCCUGGUGGGAGUUGGAUCUGGAGGAUAUCGAAUCAACGGCAUUGUACUGUCCACUGAAUGGAUCGGGCCGUCCAAAAGAUCAUGGGGAGCAUGUGUGACUCAGCUAUUUGGUGCAGUGGGACAGUGCGUCCUCGCUGCUAUGAUCUAUUUCAUCCGAGACUGGAGACUGGCUCAACUAAUCACAGCAGCUCCACUUGCAGUUGUUGUUGUCUACAUAUGGUUCAUUCCAGAGUCAGCCAGAUGGUUGUUAAGCAGAGGAAGGACAGAAGAGGCUAAACAGCUGAUUUUCAAAGCAGCAGCCAUCAACAAACGCACUGUUCCAGAGUCUGCUGGAAAAGAGGAGUUGGCAGAAGAGGCUGUGAAGAAAGGAGGUAUAAAAAUUAUUUUCCAAUCACCUGUACUGACCAGAUACCUCUUCAUCAUAGUAUUGAGUUGGUUUUCAUUAAACCUUGCCUUGAACGCCCUGUACUUGAAUAUGGGAAGCUUCGGCCUGAACAUCUUCUUGACACAGUUCUUGUUUGGUGCUAUUGAAAUACCAGCUAAUUUUCUAUGCAUGUGGCUGUUGGAAGUCUUUGGUAGAAGAAUAUCACUCAUAUCAACACUUCUGUCAGGGGGACUCUUUUCCAUAUUUAUCCUUGCUUUUCCUCAAGGAUAUGACAUUGCUGUUACAUCUUUUGUUGUCGCAGCUCGUUUUUUCCUGAUCUGGGCUGGUUCUGUAUGUAAUGUCUUCAUACAGGAGUUGUUUCCCACACCUGUUAAACAAACAGCCACAGCUUUAGGAGCCAUGGCAUCAAGAUUAGGUGGAUUAAUGGCUCCACUGCUUAACAUCUUGGCCAUGUACCACUGGUCCAUACCCACCACAGUCUUCAGUGGCUUUACACUGGUCAGUGGAGCUCUCUGCUUCCUGCUCCCUGAGACCAGGAGAAAAGAGCUUCCCGAGUCAGCAGAUGAGGCCGAGAACAGCAGAAAUCAAACCUCCACAAGAACAGAAAGUCAUAACCAAGCAUCCACCAAGCUGUAGACAUGUGUCUUAUGGUUUAUUCAUUAAACCUGCUGAAUGCAUUAUGCUUCAAACAGUAUGUCAUUCUUCAGUGUUUACCAACCUGGGCAUCGGGACCUCCCAUUGGGUCCAAAGAUAAGUCCUGGGAGUCACAAGAUAAAUAAAGAAUAAAAAA